GUAGCAGAACAUUCCUGCAUGUCUCACGCUUCCUGCACAUCUGUGAUCCAAUAAAGAUUAUUCACCUUUGACAUGUGAUCGUUUCUUUUCAUUCAUUUAGUUGUGCCAUCGAGAUCAUUCAAGUGUCAAAACUGACCCAAGAGAUGCUGGAUGAAAAAUGCACAAUGACACGCAACAAGAGUGUCUUAUCCAGGAUCCAGGAUUUCUGCAGCAUUGAUAAAGAUUCACCCAACUACCUUGACCAUGUAUCGGAACAAGUGUACAAAUACAGGGGGCAGACUGUGCCUCUGGAGAAGCCAGCAGGGUAUCCAAUGAGAAUUGGGGGGCUAGAUGACACAAUCUAUGCAGAAAUGGAGGAUGAGCUUAAAGCAUGGGAAGAUUUCUACCUUCCUGAAAGAGUAGAGAUGAGAGUUAUCGGUGCCAUUGAUACCUUCCCGAGUCUGGCUGUGGGGCUGCAGCUGAUCAUUGUGGCAGGCAGAGAUGGCAACGUCUAUGCGUAUGAAAAUGAGGUGUUGCACCAAGUGGCUGACAGCUUGCAGGACCUCUUCGAAAAGGGAAUUGAGUUUCCUGGAACCAAAGUCUACAACUAUGGGGAAUGUUUUGCUCCUAUGACGGAAGAAGAAUACGAUGAAUUAAUGCAGGAUGAAGAAGUAAAGAAAAUGAAAGAGGAGACCAGGGAAUUCAUCAAAAGCAACGAAGCAGAAUUUCUGAGCAUACUGGCCCGCAUUGAAGAAAAAGAGAAUGCAGAAAAGGUUGCGUCCAAAGAAAUUGUGCCUUCUAACCACCACCGCCCCAAGAAUGUAGUAGUUCAGUUGUGGAAGCAUGCAGAUGAAUUGUUCAUAUUUCAUUUAAGUGAUGCCUAUUAUGAGAUGUGGUGCAAGAUCUUCCAGCUGCUAGGGCUGACACGUGAAGAGCUGAAAAGUAAGGGGACUUGUAGAAAGCUGAGGCGCGUUUCAGAGCUCUUCCAUGUGCCGCACAGACUCUCUUCUGGAGUACAUCCUGAUUUUUAAAGUCAGUGUCUUUGGUCCUGAAAAGAGAAUUGUCCCACAACUGCAAAUGGCACCCAAACAGUUACAUGUUAAUGGCCAAUGCAGGAUGAGUAUUUUUGAAGAGUAUUCAAUAGAUUAUCAAAGGGCUUGCUCAACUCUAAAGAAAACUUGAAUCUUAAUUCACAAUAUUCACUUUGGGUGCUUUGGUCAAAGAGAAAUUAUUACAUUUUACCGUAAGACCAGCACUCACUUUAAAUUUACCAAAAGAUUUAAGACAUUUUUUUGCUUUUUUUGAAUGGCAGCUAUGCAAGCACAGACAGACACAUUGUGGCUAGAUGCCUUCCUCAGAGUGCAUUCAAACAAACUUAAUUACAUUUUUAUACAACUGAUUGGUAAUUUAUUAUAAUUUGUUAAUUUGCUCUUAAAGGGAAGGUCAGCAUUACAAGAAAACAAUGUACAAAAGAAAAACAAGCUAUUUUUAUUUCUGUAGUUUUAUCGUAGUGUUUGCUUUCCUUUUUGAAGAGCAAAUUAAUUAAUUUAAAUUAUCACCAAUCAGUUACUGUGAAGUCAUAAAUAUUUGCGAGCCUAUAAUGGUGCAUUUUUCACAUAUGAAAAAAAAAAGGCAAUCGUUGGCGCCAAUAACAAACUCCACUAACAAUACAUACUUCAUAUGUUGCAACAGGUAGCCAACAUUUCUGGAGCAAAAUAGGUUUUAUGGGCGUGAUUUGCCAAAUAUUUUGGUCACAAAUAUGUAUGACUUUACAGUAUAUAAAAAAAUAAUUCAUUUUGCUUGACACACCGAGGAAGGCAUCCAGCUGCAAUGCAUUUGUGCUUGCUUGUCUCCCAUUUUUUAAAGAGUCUAAAAUGAAUAUAUAAAUAAUUUCCUGUAUUAUUGAAGAGAGGACAGUAAUCUAUUCAGCAAACCAAGAUAUAGCAUCAUCCGUACCCUGGAAACAAUAGUCAGGAUUCUGAAGUAAAACUUAAAAGAAACCAAGUCAGGUAAACAGUUGUUUGGCUUAAGCCUAAUGUUUAUUAACUUUGUUUCUUGUGUAAGUUUUACCCAAGGUGUUAAACAGAAAUACGAGUGGGAUUGUCUGCAGUUCCGUGCUGCUACUGUUCUAAAGACGUAUGAAGGCAAAGUUGACAUGCCACCUAAAGCAGCGAGAGGGAAGGGUGUGCAAGAUUGCAAUUCAGAAAUGGGUAGAGCCAAAAGUGGGCUGGGCCAGUCCCAAAACCUGAAGCUGGAAUUUUAUAUCCGGUUUUGUCACUCAUUUCCGAAUCAGAGUCCUGCACUACCCCAUUGAAAACCAAGGCAUCAAAUCAAUACAUACAGUAAGCACUGGUCCCCCUGCUGAAGGGAUUAAGAACAUUUUAUUCUUUGCUUACUUUGUUUCUUUAAUUUGAAGACACCCAGAGUUUUUCAAGAACAAAAAAAUAUGAAAUCGAUUAGGGAUCCAGUGAUAUUGUUGCCAAUGCUCGAAGCUUAGAUGUAUUUAAAAGCCAAGGUUAGCACUUUUUGAAAUAUACAGUUGUGUUCAAAAGUUUGGAAACAGCAAGAUUAGGAAUGGGGAUUGUAUUGAAGGUUUUCCUUUCUCAGUUCCCUUAAUAUCUUGGUACUCCUGAGUGGAUGAACCUCAUUUGCUGUUUCCAAACUUUUGAACACUCCAGUUUAUAGUUAUGCACUGACAGUCAUCAUGGGAUAUUGCAGUUUUGGCCAGAAUUCAUCUAUUAGGCAACUUUUUGUUGGCCUGCUGCUAAAUGUUUAACUGUCAGCGUUAUAUGGUAAAAUGAUUGAUUGAUUUAAUUAUUAUUAUUUAGGGAUACAAUCCUGUAUAGCUACCUUGUAAAGAAGCUCAAAAGGCAAAACUCUUUUACUGUGGUGCUUGGCGAGACAAAUAAAAUAGUAUACAUUUGUAUAGUGCUUAAAGGGAUACAUACAGCUAUGUCAUGUGUAUCUACAUUGUGUAUACAGCUAGAUUUUGUGAUUAUCCCUGUGUGUUCAAUUUUAAUAUAUAUAUUUUUCACUGUAAAUCUAAAUAGUUUUGUAAAGUGCUGCACUGACAUUACUGAUUUCUGUAUCAAUAAAGAACAUUUGAUGAAGAA